CUCAACUUCAACGAGCUCUAUUCACGAUGCCACGAGCGACAACAACCCGAUUUACCAAGACGCACACACCAGCUGCCCCUUAUUCUAGCACAUCUCGUCCAAAAACACAUUCUACUGCUAAUACCUCCACCAAAACUUCGGCUGGUGCUAGUAAUCCUAUCUUUGACACAGAAAAACUCGGUCAACAUAUUUUGAAAAAUCCUUUAGUAGCACAAAGUAUCGUAGAUAAAGCAAAUUUGAAAACAACAGAUCAAGUUUUAGAAGUAGGACCUGGGACUGGAAAUUUAACAGUUAAAAUUUUAGAAAAAUGUAAAAAGGUAUUAGUAGUUGAAAUGGAUCCUAGAAUGGCAUCAGAAUUAAGUAAAAGGUUCCAAGGUAAACCACAAGAAAUGAAAAAAUUAGAUAUUUUAGUAGGAGAUUUUUUGAAAACAGAUUUACCUUAUUUUGAUGUUUGUAUAAGUAAUACUCCUUAUCAGAUCUCGUCACCACUCGUCUUCAAAUUACUAGCACAUCGUCCGAUUUUCAGGGUAGCAGUUCUGAUGUUUCAAAGAGAAUUUGCUUUGAGGCUAUGUGCAAGACCAGGAAGUUCAUUAUGGUGUCGAUUAUCAGUAAAUGUACAGUUAUAUUCAAAAGUGAAUCAUUUGAUGAAAGUAGGAAAAGCAAACUUCAGACCACCACCUCUUGUUGAGAGUAGUGUGAUCAAAUUAGAACCAAUCAAUCCACCACCUGCUAUCAAAUUCGAAGAAUUCGAUGGUUUAACUCGAAUAUGUUUUAAUAGAAGAAAUAAAACGAUCAGAGCUAGUUUCUUUGCUUCUAAAGCUGUCAAAGAUAUGUUAUAUUCUAAUUGGAAAACAUGGUGCUCUCAACAAAACAAGAUGAUCACAGAAGAUGAAGACAACUUUUCUACUCUUUUGGACAAGAUCUUGACUGAUUCUGGUUACUCUGAUCAACGAGCGGCGAAGAUGGAUGUAGAUGAUUUCUUAUCGUUACUAUCAUGUUUUCACAAGCAAGGAAUUCAUUUCGCUUGAUACCUCUCGCACCAAUCAACUGGCAGUCAAUAUUAUUUAGCUCUGUAUGAAGUCAGUCAAGGUACUAGCUACCGCAAAGCUGUAUACUGCGAUCUCAAUUCCAUACCCACAUCCCUGUGAACAACACUACUUGUCUCAAGUCAUCCAUUUAGUCACAUCAGACUGGAUCCAAAUUGGGUUGUCAGCCAGUGCUGUUCAGGUUGAUAAUCUCUUCACAGCGCUCAUGUUCAAAAUUUAAUAUUUCAAGCCUUGUAAUUCUUUUGAGUUU